AGCACCUUGGAGGAAGUCAGACGAGGUCAAUUGUGCGGACGUUGCCUGCGCGGCAUGGACACGAGGACGCACGACGAGCUUUCGAUAAUGCUGGAUCAGGAAGAGUUUGACGACAUAAGUAUGGCCGAGUCGUUAAUCAGCGAGAAUCAGCGCGACUCCGAAAUGACUGUGCAGGAAGUGACAAACUUCGCGAAACCCAAGCCAAAGACAGAACGUAAAUGGUGUAGUUCGUUGUUGUGGAGGAUAUUUACUUAUACGAGAGUGCCGUUGCUAUUAUUUCAUUUUUCCGAAGCGAUCGUCUAUGUUAGAUCCCAUAUCAUUGUUCCGAUAAUGCUCGCGCCUUUUCAAAUACCGCUGUUCAUCUUCCGCAAAAUGUCUCUGAUUGUCCUUAAGCUUUGGCUGUUCCGACAUUGGAAAUCAAAGAUCCUUUGAUUCGACAUGCUAACGCGCAGAAUAAUUCAGAAAUUUGACUAAUUGAACAUAUUAAUCUUGACCUCCGAGGAUGACUUUAGGUUUUAGUUCUUUGUUGUUAUAUAACUAAUACUAAUAUUUAUGAUUAAUUUUAUUAUAUGAUUAUAAUCUUCUCUUAAAAUAGCACGCGAGCUUAGAUAAUAUAUUAAUAAUAUACACACGUGAUGUAUUGAAAAAUUUUAUUCUUAUUUUUAUCUAUCGCUUUAUCCGAUUGAAAAGUUGUAAAAUUUACUAUUUAAAAAAAAUUAUCUACUGG